AUGCCCCAAUUUUCCUCUCUCACCAUCGACGAUAGUGGCAAGAAGCUCUCCUACAUAGACAGCGGUGCUCCCGACGCAGCCAAUGGUGGUUCUGUCUACACGACCAUCAUCGCCGUUCACGGCAUCGAGUUUACCAGUCCUAUCUUCAACAAGGUUUCAGCCCUCGCAGGCGCGGCUGGCAUGCGAUUCGUGGCCGUCAAUCGCCGCGAGUAUAAGGGAUCCACGCCGUUUUCGGACGCGGAGAAGGCUGUUCUCACUAACGGUACCGACGAGCAGAAGUUGCAGUGGCUCAGAGAUCGAGGCAAUGAGCUCGCCACCGGCGGGGUAGCCCUGUUGGGCUGGUCUAUGGGCGUGUCCACUACCAUAGCCACGAUUGCCAACGUGGACUCAUUUGCGCCCGACAUCCAGCUGAGCUUGGGGUCGCAUCUACGGGCUCACAUCAUGCACGAGCCUCCCACGGUCGCUUUAGGGCUUCCUCGGCCUCCGAAGCUCUGGACACCGCGGUUAGACGAGUCCUUGCCAAUGAAAACCCGAAUCUCCUACAUGACCCGCUGGCUCACGUCUUAUUUUGCGCACGGAGACCUAUCCACGCGAGACCUGGACGCCAUCGAAUAUGUCCUGCCCUCCACUUCGCGCAUCCCAACUCUGUGGAACAUGUCGUCUCAAGAGAUUGCGGACAUAGUCGACGAGGGCCCGCACCUCGUCGUGGAUGCCCCGCUCCUCUUCAACUGCUAUCCGCAGGCCGCGGCGACGUACAAGAAAGGGACGUACAACGCAGCUGCGCGAGCCCUGCUCCCGAAAAUGAAGAUUUGGGAGCUCAUGGGCGACGCGACGGCCGCAGUCUCGCUUUGUACUUUCUGGAUUCUGCAGGAUGACGACGCAGCGCACGGCGGCGGCUUCAUCAACUUCAAGGUCAUCCCCGGCCACAAUCACUUCGAUAUGUGGGACGACCCCAAGGAGACUCUCCAGGCGUAUCUCGAGAUGUUGGCGUAGCAUCACCUUUGCAGGCGGGCCUCGCAUCGAGCAGACAUAAAGGGAACCUGAUACAACCUGCACAGUUAAAGC